GGGCGGGAGGCGGCGAGCGCGUUUCCAUGGCACCGCUGCUGCGGGGGCUGCGGGACCGCCGGGCUCGCCCAGCUUCAGUCGCUCCCGACGGAGCAGGGGCGCGCAGCGCGGCGGUCACUGCGCCUGGGGGCUCGCCCGGCCGACCCUCCGCCUUCCCGGCAGCUUGCGUCGCCCGGAGGGGCCGCGCCGCUGCCUCCCGGUCCUCGAGGAGACGCUCCUCGCCUGUCCUUCGAGCCUGGCACACCAACUUCUGCCCGGAGAACCCAACUUCUGCUUCGGGUUCGGACUUGCCGAGCCGCCGGAACCGCGCGCUCCGCGCAGCCCGGGCGGUGGCUGGAGCCGCUCCGCCUCGCCGAGAUGACCCCGCGACUGUGGCUCCGGGCUCCCUGCGCUGGGGCGGCUGGCGCCUGGCCGCCGGGAAGCGCCCUGCAGCUCCGGCCCUGCAUGUAAGUGGCGCCCGCGCGCCCCGGAACGCCGGGAGAGAACGAGAGAGAGAGCGAGAGAGCGAGAGAGAGAGGGAGAGAGCGAGAGAGCUCGUGCGCCCCGUCCGGUCGCGUCCCGCCCCGCCUCGCCCGGCCCGGCCCCUCUGCGAACGCCACAGCCAGGCCGGGAAGGGGCCGAGGACCGAGGGCGGCGUCGCUCCCGCGGGCUCUGCGGUCUGUUCCCGGCUCAGCGCAGCGGGAACGCGGCGGCCGAGGCGUCCUGGGGAGCGAUCCGGGCCGGGCUGUGCACCUGACUCGUCCUCAGCCGGGCAGGGCUUCCCGCCCCAUCGGGUUUGGGUGUGUGCGCGUGUACGUGGGCUGUGCCUGUGUGUUUCAGGCCAAAUGUUUGUGAAGAACAUUCCUUCCCAUCACCCAGCUCUGCAAACAGGCUGCUCCGGCCCAGGGUGGUGUGUGGCUGGGAAGGAAGGGCAUGUCAGGAGGCGUGUCAGGAGGCAUCUGAGGCUGAGUCCCGUUCCCCGGGAUGUGAACUUUAUCACUUGGUUAAGGUGGUGUCCACCAGGUUCACCAAAGGUCCUGUUUUCUACUUCUGGUUCCGGGAUCUGCCCUGCACGUCCGGCAUGCUACCCAAGGGCUCAUCCGUCUUCUGAAGACUGUGCCGAGCCCUGUGGACAAGGAGCAGCUGACAACGAGCAGAGGGAGACUCCAUUCUGCCACUGGAUUUAACAGCCCUGUCCUUGAAGAAUGUCUGAUUUGGGGAAUCAUAGAUGGCUAUGGAGCCCAGCUUCCUUUCAGCAAUUGACAGUCUCCGCUGCAGCCCAGCACCAAUUCACACUCCAGGGGACCAUCCACCCCAGGAUGAGAUUUGCU